AUGAGACGAGGCAGAGUUAGGUUCAGCAGGGCAAAUACUCAACGGGUACCUUCACCUGUGAGAGUCCCUACUGCUAAUUCUCUAGAUGGCUGUAGUUUUAUAGAAGAACUCUCUUUAGUAAGAUCAUCGUCAUUCUCCUCCAAAAUCUAUUUACCAAAGGAGACCAUGUUAAUGGCAGCACUUUUACCCAUUGCCAGAGUUUUGUACUACUGGGACGAAUUCUUUGGAAAUCAACAUACAAUGCCAUUGAUAUUCAAAUUUCUCGUUGCAUUUGUAGUUUCUUUGACAUCUGCGGCCGUAGCGGCUACAGCUGUAUGGUGGCCUCGGCAUUUUAAGAAGAAGGUUGAAAUUGAUACUAAGUGUAGCCGGAUGGGGUUGCUUUUUUGCGUAUUUGGAGUACAAGUAGGUCAAAGUACAUGUCAGUGGUUAAACCAGUUGUGGGGACGUCGCUUAGUCACUUUAACAGCUCUUACUGCGACACUGGUAUGGGAGCAAUUGACUCGAUCAUGGCACCAAAGAGAAACCUUUUUUGUUGGAUGUUUCUUAUGUGGUGCCGCUAUUCCUACUUACCUUUGCAUUUCUAAAAGUAUUCUACUUGAACUAUUCAGUGGCGGUUUGCUCAACUUGGUAUUUUUCAUGUAUACAGUAAUCACGCUAACUGGAAUCAUAGUCAGCCGUCCCACGCCGAUAGUUGCCAGUGGGUACUUAUUAGCACUUUUACUGAUGGUUCCCAAUACAUAUUCGACAAAUUCGAAAAAUUAUGUAAACUGA